AUGGGAUCCUUAUAUGUUUUAGUCUUUUGUAUUUUUGGGGUUUCAACCUCAGUCGCUUACCUCAACAGCAAACCUUUCCCACCCAGUUUCAAAUUCGGCGUUUCCACUUCGGCCUAUCAAAUCGAAGGAGCCUGGAACCAAGGCGGUAGAACACCGAGCGUCUGGGACAAUUUUAUCCACGAAAAUCCCGAAAAAAUUGCGAAUAACGAUACAGGAGACGUUGCCUGCGAUUCCUACAAUAAAUAUGAACAAGAUGUUGAUUUACUUAAAAGCAUGGGAGCUCAAUUUUAUAGGUUGUCGAUUUCGUGGACUAGAAUCUUACCGUAUGGUACUGCUCAAAAAAUCAAUCAGGAAGGAGUUGAUUAUUAUGUAAAUCUUUUAAAGCUUCUCAAAGAAAACAACAUUGAGCCAAUUGUGACAUUGUACCACUGGGACUUACCAAUGCCUCUACAAGAAAUGGGAGGUUGGACCAAUCCAGAUAUCAUAAAAUAUUUUGGAGAUUAUGCAAGAAUUUGUUACAAAGAAUUUGGUCAAUACGUUAAAUAUUGGGUAACACUUAACGAGCCACAAACUACUUGCUUUUAUGCAUACUCUGACAAUCCUCCCCAUGUACAUUUCGCGCCAGCUUACUCACUCGACGCUGAAGGCACUUACCUUUGCGCUUACACUCACGUCAAAGCCCACGCUUUGGCUUACCACAUUUACGAUAAAGAAUUUAGAGAGCACCAACAAGGUAAAAUAUCGUUGUCGCUAUUGGCUCGCUGGUUCGAACCCAAACCUAACGAUCCUAAUGGCGAACUUGCUCAAGAAUUAGGCAUGCAAUUUCAGUUAGGUUUAUUUGCCCAUCCAAUUUAUAAUGGUAAUUGGCCCCAAUUGAUUAUAGACAGAGUGGCUAAUAGAAGUAGCAUGCAAGGCUUACCUCAAUCCAGAUUACCAGCAUUUACAAAGACUGAAAUUGACUAUAUCAAUGGCACUUAUGAUUGGUUUGGACUCAAUUAUUACAUUACUGCAAUGGUAGAGCUCCAAUAUCAAGAAGACGAUUUGCCAGGUAACGCCAGCUACAUAGUAGAUCAAGGCUUCAAUUCCUAUACAGAUAGCUCUUGGAAAGCGAACAAGUGCAAUUCAAAAAUGGUACAAACUCCUUGGGGAUUUAAAAACCUAUUAAAAUGGGUCCACGACCAUUACAACCAACCGGAAAUUAUUGUAACUGAAAAUGGUUGGUGCAACCAUGAAAGUAGCUUAAAUGACACUGAUCGUAUAGAAUAUGUUGGCCUUCAUUUAUCGGCAAUAUUGGAUGCCAUAUACGAUGAGGGUGUAAAUGUUACUGGUUACACUCAGUGGAGUCUUUUGGAUAAUUUUGAAUGGCUAACAGGAUAUUCUGCCAAAUUUGGUAUAGUUUCUGUAGACUUUAAUGAUGAAAACAGAACAAGAACUCCUAGGGAUUCGUUUUAUUGGUACCGAGAUGUUAUUAGUACUCGAAUCUUGCCUAAUGUUAGCAGUGGAGCUAUUGCUUUACAAAUCUCACUAUUUAAUAUUUUAGUUAUUAUUACUUUAAUUUUUAUUUAA